AUGGCUGAACGCGUUCGAGGAGUCGUAAUACAUCGCCCCAUCAUUUACGGAAAUUCUGCAUAUCCGCUCACAACUGCUGAGCGGAAUCCCAGCAUCCCAUCGGACCACACUCACCGCUGGACUGUCGCUGUUAGAAGUCCAGUGACCACGAAUGAGAAAAGUGACAUUGUCGGAGGCGCCGAUGACUUGGGCUAUUUCAUCAAGCGGGUGACCUUCAGGCUGCAUGAAACCUACCCACAGCCAAACCGAAACAUAGACAAGUCACCGUUUGAGGUUACGGAGACAGGGUGGGGAGAAUUUGACAUCAGUAUACGAAUACUGUUUAUCUCCGAAUCGGGCGAGAAGACCCUCACUUUGCAACAUCACCUCAAGCUUCAUCCAUGGGUAGUGCCAGAUCUUGCUGCCCAUCCAGGACAGGACCCGGCCCUCAUUAUCCCACCAGUGACUCAACCACCACCUGAACCUGUCCAUUCCUGGCAGUAUGACGAGAUUGUGUUUACAGAUCCCCUUAAGCCUUUCCUCGACAUACUGAUGGCUCAUCCACCGACGCAGUGGCCCAAGAUGAAAAGGCGUGCCAUACCCCCGAAUCCAGCACAUCCAGACUCACUUGCGCCACCUGCUCAGAGAGGAGCACCAGAAUUUACUCAAGUCAUCGAAAGAGAUGAAGCUGAACGAUUGGAUGCAGCAAAAAGAAAACUAGUGGAAGAAGCUGAGAGAUUACGAGCGGCCUUGAUUGAGAAAGAGAAGGAACUGGCACGGCUUCGCAAAGAGGUGGAGGCGUAGGCAUCCCCAGCGCCGUGAAUUAUGUUAGUGCAUGUCUUCAAAUCCUUGGGAUCGUUUAGCUAUAGCUUUUACAUCAUGAAUACAUGAACGUUAACAUAAAUCAGCAAGC